CCGUCCUCGUCUCCCAAACCCGGGUGAGGCCAUAGCGGACUGCCCUUUCUCAAGAUGGCUUCGAAGAUUGGUUCGAGACGCUGGAUGCUGCAGCUGAUCAUGCAGCUGGGUUCGGUGCUGCUCACGCGCUGCCCCUUUUGGGGCUGCUUCAGCCAGCUCAUGUUGUACGCUGAAAGGGCCGAGGCGCGCCGGAAGCCCGACAUCCCAGUGCCUUACCUGUAUUUCGACAUGGGAGCAGCUGUGUUGUGUGCUAGUUUCAUGUCCUUCGGAGUGAAGCGGCGCUGGUUUGCGUUGGGCGCCGCGCUCCAGCUAGCCAUUAGCACCUACGCCGCUUACAUCGGGGGCUAUGUCCAUUACGGGGACUGGUUAAAGGUUCGCAUGUACUCGCGCACAGUCGCCAUCAUCGGCGGCUUUCUGGUGCUGGCCAGUGGGGCUGGGGAGCUGUACCGCCGGAAACCCCGAAGCCGUUCUCUGCAGUCCACUGGCCAGGUGUUCCUGGGCAUCUACCUCAUUUGUGUGGCCUACUCGCUGCAGCACAGCAAGGAAGACCGCCUGGCGUACCUGAACCAUCUUCCAGGAGGGGAGCUGAUGAUCCAGAUGUUCUUCGUGCUUUACGGGGUCCUGGCCCUGGCCUUCCUGUCAGGUUACUACGUGACCCUGGCGGCCCAGAUCCUGGCUGUGUUGUUGCCUCUGGUCAUGCUGCUCAUCGAUGGCAACGUUUCCUAUUGGCACAACACUCGACGUGUCGAGUUCUGGAACCAGAUGAAGCUACUUGGCGAGAGUGUGGGGAUCUUCGGGGCUGCUGUCAUCUUGGCUACUGAUGGCUGAGUUCCCCAGGGAGAGGCUGAUUUGGGCACAGGGGGCCACCGAGGGCCACCUUACCUUCUUCCUUGCUGGUCCAGUUGCUGUUUAUUUAUGCUUCUUGGUUUGUUUGUUUACCUUUUUUUUUUUUAAAUAGUUAAGGUUUCUUCUUCAAGUUUGUGGCUCAGACCUUGGGAAGAUGGAAACCCUCAUGCUAAUGCCUUGUAGGGUUGUUGUUUUCUUCUUACCUGUUUUAGGGGAGAGCUGGGGCCAGCUGCCCCUCCCCCAUGUGUCCAAGGAGGGAGGAGUCCCUGAGGAAGGAGUAAAGGCAGAGCUGGGGUACAGGUAUUAGGAGUAGGGGACAGAGGAAGAUUGGGAAGUGAGCAAAUGUGAAAAGUCCUUUUGGAACUUGGCAGAUGCAGCUAAACUAAACAGUGCUUUUCAGACUAGGUGUCUGUGUGUAUCCACAAGUUUGUCUUCACACUUGUAGAGGGAGCCCUGCAAGGAAGGGCUGAGUGACUGGUGCUACAGAAGUCCCAUGGGCUCUUUGGGGGUCUGCUGGGGCAGGAACAAUCUAAGGUGUCUGACCCCUUCUGUAGAGUUCAGAGCUGGCCCCAGUGUGCUCUGGGAUGUGCAGGGUGGAGCAGGUCUGCCAGGCUGCUGCCACUUCAUCUGUUCUCAGCUCCUUAGUUGGCUGGAUAGGUGGAGCACCCUCCUAAACGCCAGACCACACAGUCCUCCAACAAUAAACAUUUGAUACAGA